GGGCGUGUAUAUAGUGGCACAGGUGACAGGAAAGGGAGGGCACAGGUAGGGGGAGCACAGACAGUUCUCACCAGACCGGCAUUCAUGUUUCAGACCAGCACUCAGACAAACUACAAUUCAUUCAUUCUACUGGCUACGCUUCACUGGAAAUGCUCCAGGAUGAUUCACAUGACCAGCAGACGGUCCCUUCACUAUCAGCAUGGUGCCUUCACUGACCUGGUGUUCUACACUGUUGUCUUCCUCGCCCUGAUGAACUCAUGUAGAGCUCAGUCUGAGGUGAUCAUUCCAUCUCAGCCAGUAGUUUCAUUGGUGGGUGAAGACGUUAUUCUGCCAUGUCACCUGGACCCCGUCAUGAAUGCUUUUGACAUGACUGUGGAGUGGGCGAGACCUGACCUGAACCCCAGAUUUGUCCUGGUGUGGCGUCAAGGCAAAGAACUGGAGACUAAAAAACAUCCGUCCUUCAGUGGAAGAACAUCAGUGUUCAUUGAUGAGCUGGAGAAGGGAAACAUCUCACUGAAACUCUCCAAAGUUAAAGUCUCUGAUGAGGGAGGAUACAAAUGCUUCAUGCCUGCAUUGUCAAAAACCUCCACUGUUCAGCUUGUUGUAGGUGUGGUCUCCUCACCUGUUGUUCAGAUGACCAAAAACAACAAUGGAGUGUUGUUAGAGUGUGAGUCUGCAGACUGGUAUCCAGAGCCAGAGAUGUUUUGGCUGGACGGCGAGGGAAACCUCCUCUCUGCUGAACCCACUGAGACAGUCAGAGGUCCUGAUGGUCUCUACACUGUCAGCAGCAGAGUGACUGUGGAGAGACAUGGGAGGAAGUUCACCUGUAGAGUCACACAGAGCAAGAUCAACCAGACCAGAGAGAAGCACAUCACUAUUCCAGAUCAUUUCUUUGUGGUCCCUACUCCUCGUACUCAUGUUGUUAUCGGCGCUGUGAUUGGCUGUGCUGCGAUCAUCUUUGUUGUGUGGAAAUGGAGACAAAAGAAAUUCAAAAACAAGAAGACGACAUGUGAGGAUGGAGGUAAACACACAAAAAAUGAGAAACGCUCUGAGGAAGAAGAACCAGUCACAUCUAAAAGUGAUAAAACAGGAUUUCAUGUUGUGAAUGAAGAAGAAGAAGAAAGACUUCCACUCAUUUCAGUUAAAGAAAAGAACAAUGUGGACAAAACUGCAGAAAAGAGUGAACCUAAAGAUGAGCUUGUGACAGAACCAGAGCCAGUAAAAGACAUCGUUUCUGCAGCAGCAGAACGUGAAAUGAAGGAAACAGAUCUACCUGUGAUUCUAAAAGAAGAAGAAACAAACCAAGAGCAGGAACAGGGACAAAGACGAGAAACAAAUGAUGGAGACGAGAGUAGACAAGAGGAGACAGUGAAACCAGUGAGAGACGAUUCAGGACUUUCAAUACAAAUAAAACACAUCAACACUGAUCAGAAGAUAGAGAGGGAAGAGACACAGCAAGAGACAGUGAGAGAUGAAGACGAGAAAGAGACAAAGCAAGAGGCAACGAGUGAUGAAGACGAGAAAGAGACAAAGCAAGGGGCAACGAGUGAUGAAGACGAGAAAGAGACACAGCAAGGGGCAACGAGUGAGGAAGACGAGAAAGAGACACAGCAAGGGGCAACGAGUGAGGAAGACGAGAAAGAGAAACAGCAAGGGGCAACGAAUGAGGAAGAGGUGAAAGACACAAAGCAAGGGGCAACGAGUGAGGAAGACGAGAAAGAGACACAGCAAGGGGCAAGGAGUGACGAAGACGAGAAAGAGACAAAGCAAGGGGCAACGAGUGAGGAAGACGAGAAAGAGACACAGCAAGGGGCAACGAGUGACAAAGACGAGAAAGAGACAAAGCGAGGGGCAACUAGUGAGGAAGACAAGAAAGAGACACAGCAAGGGGCAACGAGUGAAGAAGACGAGAAAGAGACAAAGCAAGGGGCAACGAGUGAC